GAUGAAGAGAAUGAGAAAAGGAGAAAAUGGGAGAGGUGAAGCUACAUGGGUUUUGGUACAGUCCGUUCGCAUUGAGGGUGAAGUGGAGCUUAAAGCUGAAAGGUAUUGAGUAUGAGAACAUUGAAGAGGAUCGAUUCAACAAAACUCCUGAACUCCUUCAGUACAAUCCUGUCUACAAGAGAAUCCCCGUUUUGGUUCAUGCUGGAAAACCCAUUUCUGAAUCCAUGAUCAUAAUCGAAUACAUCGAUCAAGUUUGGCCUCAACAUCCACUCUUACCUUCUCAUCCCUACGACAAAGCUCUCGCACGCUUUUGGGUCAAAUACUCUGAUGAUCUGACCGAGGGAGUUAGAGCACUCUAUCGUAGCAAAAAUGCGGAAGAUAGGAAGAAGGUGAUAGAGGAUAUUAUUUGGGAGCAUUUCAGAGUUGUGGAAGAUCAGUGUUUUGGUAAGGAAAAGAAAUUCUUUGGAGGAGAGAGUGUUAAUGUUGUGGACUUGGCUUAUGGGUCCAUCAUCAAAUAUAUUACUGUGUUGGAAGAUAUCUUUGAAGAGCAUAUUCUUCAAGCACAGAAAUUCCCUCGUUUGUAUACAUGGUUUAAUAUCUUCAAAUCUGAACCAACCAUCGCAGAAAUCUUACCUGACCAGGAUCAAAUGGUAGCUUUUCUUAAAACUCUCAGAGAACGAGUUCUGGCAUCUUCGUGAGAAAACAAAAAUAGUAUAUCUCUUAUAUGUAUCACCACCACCUUUUAUAUUUAGGUUUCUAUCAAUAUAACUACGAAAGUAAUAAAGGCUUCAGCUUAGGUUUUGUUUAAAUAUAAUUAUGAAAGUAAUAAAAGUUUGGGAU